CACACAGCUGCUGACCGCUCCAUUGGUCAGUGAGCCUGGCUGAUGUCCCGGAGGCUGCUCCCAGCCAUCUCCAUAUAAACCCCCCUCGCCUGCUGUUCCUCCAUGUCAGUGCCUGUCCUGGAAAUAAGCAUCUUCGCAGCUUCUCCGCAGCGGUUAAAAAUGACUGAUUUAGAGAAUUCCCUGGAAACCAUAAUUGAAGUAUUCCACAAAUAUGCAGAGAAAGAAGGAGACAAGAACAAACUGAAGAAGAGUGAACUGAAAGACCUGAUCAACAAUGAGCUGUCAGCAUUUUUAGGGCAUGUGAAAGACCAGGCCACGAUGGACAGUCUGAUGGAGACCCUGGACACGGAUGGAGAUUCGGAAUGCGACUUCCAGGAGUUCAUGACCUUCAUCACCAUGGUAAUCAUCUGCUGCCAUGACUUCUUUGAACACCAUGAAGACGAGUAGGCCUCAGCUAAAAGGCAUUGAAACGAAACACUUCCUACUUUAACAAGUUUAAAAAUUAAGCUUUGCAACAUACUGAGUUAGCAAGUAUGGUGGUGUCAGUCAACUGAUGGUAGCUUGCCUCAGCUCAGAUAUUUAGACUGCCCCAGCCAGACCCUUUCACUUUCAUAUCAGACACAGAGCUGAACACCAACAGAACCUGUUGGAUUCAGGCAAAUUAUCAAACCUCUACUUAAAGGGAUGGAAUGAGUUUUACAUUUCAUAUUCAGUAUAGUUCAGAGGAGAUCAGAUCUCUUUCCCCUGUACAGAGGUCUCGGAUGGCCCAGGCAGAGCACUGAUUUGAGCCAGGUCCUGAUUAGUAGCUGAUCAGUUGUCUAUAUUCAGGCACCACACUUACACUGUACUGUGUCCGGGAAGUGAAAACACAAACACUGCAUACAUCCCCCACCUGUGGACUUACUGAAACAGCAUGACAAUGGCAGGCCAAUGAUACUGUGUAGAAUUCAGAUAUUUCAGCUUGUAGCUUAUGUACUCUGAAAAAAAAGAUAGUGUUCAAACUGAAACAUGAUUACGUCCAAAAUAGACAUCACAUGGAGAAACCCACACGCAACAGUAAUAACUAACUACUCAAUGAGCAGAGAAAAAAAAAAGUAUGAGCUUUUCUAUAAAAUGUAUGUUAUGUACUUGAUUGUCAACCCAGCUGGCAAGCAAAGAUCUGUGAUGUUAUAAUUUUAUUUAAUGGCAGCUGGUAUGAAAAGACAGUUAUGAUGCUUUGCAAGUGUUGCUUUGUAAUUAUGCCAAUGAAUAAAAUACACCAUUAAAAUGCA